UUGCUUUCUUGCCCAGACUGGACUCAAACUCCUGGGCUCAGGGUAUCCUGGCUCAUUCUUCCUGUCCUACUCUAAGUAGCUGGGACUACAGAUGUGCACCACGAUGCCCUAUUUUACUUUUUGAGAAUCUUCAAAACUGUUUUACGAAAGAGGUUGUGCCAUUGUACAUGUCCACUUGCAUUGUAUGAGAAUUGUACUUCCAAUACAUCAGUGCCUACACUUGAUGUCAGUUUUCAAUAAUUUAGCUAUUCUAAUUGUUAAAUGCUAUCCCAUUGUGGUUUUAGUUUGCAUUUCUCUAAUGAAUAAUGUGCUUAUUUGUGUUCCUGUUAUCCAGGCUGGAGAGCAGUAGCACCGUCUUGGCUUACUGCAAACCCUGCCUCCCAGGUUCAAGUGAUUCUCCCACCUCAGCCUCAUGAGUGGCUGGGAUUACAGGUGUGCAUAAUGACAGUGUCUUUUAAAGAACAGAAGACAUUAGCAGGCAUGAAAUCCAAUUUAUUUUAUUUAUUUUUAAAUAGAGAUGGGGUCUCACUAUGUUGCACAGGCUGGCUUCGAACUCCUGGGCUCAAGCGAACCUCCUGCCUUGACCUCCCAAAGUGCUGGAAUUACAGAUGUGAGCUACCGUGCCUAGCCUGUUUUUUUAAUGGAUCAUGGUUUCAGUGUCAACUCUAAGACAUUUUGCUUUACCUAAAUUUGCAAAGUUUUUUUUUCCCCUGUUUUCCUUUUAGAAGUUUUAUAGUUUUUGUUUGUUUAUUUUAACAGAGACGCACUCUGUUGCCCAGGCUUGAGUGCAGUGGUGCACUAUAGAGCAACUCUGGAGGUUGCUCACUGCAACCUCUACCUCUCAGGUUCAAGUGAUUCUCCUGCCUCAGCCUCCUGAGUAGCUGGGAUGACAGGCACAUGUCACCACACCUGGCUAAUUUUCGUAUUUUUAGUAGAGAUGGGGUUUCACCAUGUUGACCAGGCUGGUCUUGAACUCCUGACGUCAAGUGAUCCGCCUGCCUUGCUUCCCAAAGUGCUGGGAUUACAGGCGUGAGCCACCGUGUCUGGCCAGAAGUUUUAUAGUUUUAGGCUUUACAUUUAAUUCUAUCAUCUAUUAAAAGUUAAUUUUUGUCUGAGGCAUGGAUCUAAUUUUUUUUUCUUCAUAUAAGUAUCCUAUUGUAGCAUCACUUUUUCUUUUUUUAGAGAUGGGUCUCACUAUGUUGCUGAAGUGCAGUGCUAUGCACAGGCAUGAUUACAGUGUACUGUACCCUUGAAUUCCUGGUCGCAAAUGAUCCUCCUGCCUCAGCCUCCUGAGUAGCUGGGAUUACAAGUCUAUGCCACUGAUGCCUGGCCUGUAACACCAUUUUUUGAAAAAGUUAUUCCACCAAAUUGCCUUUGUACCAUUGUUGUGAAUCAGAUGUCCAUAUAUGUGUGGAUCUACUUCUAGAUUCUCUUCCAUUCCAUUGAUCUGUAUGUCUGUCUUGAUGCCAUUAAGGCACUGCCUUCAUUACUGUAGUGAUCUGAUAAGGGUUAAAGUCAUAUAGUGUUAGCUCUCCAACUUUGCUCUUUGUCAAAGUGUUUUGGCCAUUAGAGGUCUUUUGCAUUUCCAUAUGAACAUCAGAAUCCGUUUUUCCAUUUCCACAAAACACCUCCCAGAAGGGUUUUUUUUUUUUUUGAGUCUCACUCUGUCGCCAGGUUGGAGUGCAGUGGCGCCAUCUCAGCUCACUACAACCUCUGCCUCCUGGAUCAAGUGAUUCUCCUGCUUCAGCCCCCCAAGUAGCUGGAACUACAGGCGCAUGCCACCACACCCAGCUAAUUUUUGUAUUUUUAGUAGAGACAGGGUUUCACCAUUUUGGCCAGGAUGGUCUCAAAUCUCUUGACCUCAUAAUCCGCCUACCUUGGCCUCCCAAAGUGCUGGGAUUACAGUUGUGAGCCACUGUGCCCAGCAACCUCCUGGGAGUUUGAUUGGGCUUCCAUGAAUAUAAAGAUUGAUUUGUGGACCAUUGACAACUGUACAGAGUCUUUUGACCCAUGGACACGGUAGAUCUCCCCAUUUAUUUAGAUACUUAUUAAUUUCUCUCAGCAAAGUUUUGUAAUUUUUACUCUGCAGAUCUUUUACACUUUUCCUCAGAUGCAUCUAAAAAUUUUAUAUUUUUGAUGCCAUAAAUACUUAACUUGUUACUUGUAGUAAUAAAUAGUACAUGUCCAGUUCUUUGCUGACAUAUAAAAAUAUAAUUGGUGGUGGGGCACAGUGGCUCACACCUGUAAUCCCAGCACUUUGGGAGGCCGAGGCGGCUGGAUCACGAGGUCAGGAGUUCUAGAGUAGCCUGACCAACAUGGUGAAACCCCAUCUCUACUGAAAAUACAAAAAUUAGACCAUAAGGGUGCAAGGCCAGUUGCCUCACUGGGCGCUACAUAGACACACCCAUCCCUUUCCAUACCUGAUAACUAUGUCAUCAUUCCAAACGCAUUACUCAGCAUCUGGCCUCUCCAUGCGGGCUCCCCACACCCACCUCUACCUUCUGCAACACUCAGCACCAAACUAUGCACUCGACCUCGCCAAAAUUUAAAAGAAGCCCUGCCAAAACCUGCCCAAUAGCACAGCCUGCUCACCAGAAAUCCUGCCUACCUACCAAUAGCAGCUCGCCCUGUCCACGUCCUGUUUCUCCACAGCCAAUCAAACGCCUUCACUCCCUAUAAAACCCCAUGCCCGAAAAGAGUCAGGUGUGACUUCUCUGGCCCCUAUCCCUGGGACCAUGGAACCUUGCCCAGGAGCCGAUUAAAUUUCUUUAUUUCAAUAACUGGUCUCAGUUACCUCAUUCAAACCCUUGGCUAGCAGCCCACCAAACAACCAGUGGAGGAGGUCCAUCGAAACCCUCACAAAAUUCUUCAAAAGCCCUGCCCAGGCCCUGUUUCAAAUGUGGCCAGGAGGGACACUGGGCACAGUAGUGCCCCUGUUCUCAUCCACCUCCUGGACCCUGCUGCAAACAGACUGGACACUGGAAGGUUGACUGCCCAUCCCAGGCUGCAGGCUCACCCCCCACACCUCUAUGUGGAGGGCAGGCCAGUCCACAGGAAGCAGUCCCUUCGCUUGAACUUCUCGGCCUUCUAGACGACUGAUGCAACCCAGACUCGAGGACCCCCAUCACCCUUGCCGAGCCCAGGGUAAAGCUGCAAGUAGCAGGGAGUGAAGGCGUUUGAUUGGCUGUGGAGAAACAGGACGUGGACAGGGCAAGCUGCUAUUGGUGGGGAUAGGAAUGGGCGUGUCUGAGCUCCGGGCGAGUCAACCGGCCUUACGGGGACAGCCCAGCUGAGGUCUGGAGCAGGAUCCCGGGCUUGGGCCUCCUAAAGAUGACACAGCAGGCGCCAUUCUCCCGUUACCCCCACCGCCCAGGCUUCAGCUCCUAAGGAUCUUGCCUGUCCAAACCCAGAAGACAGUGCACGAAGCCAGGGGACAUCCGCCAUGCUCCAAACAGCUUGGCCUCAGAGACUGAGCAGGAACCUGUGGUUUCAGGAGUCAGUGGCUUUUGAGGACGUGGCUGUGUACUUCACCCAGAACCAAUGGGCCAGCCUCGACCCUGCGCAGAGGGCCCUGUACAGGGAGGUGAUGCUGGAGAAUUAUGCAAACGUGACUUCCCUGGUAGCAUUUCCAUUCCCCAAACCUGCUCUGAUCUCUCACCUGGAGAAAGGGGAAGCGCCAUGGGGACCAGAUCCCUGGGAUGCCGAGAUUCCAAGAGGCAUCAGUCAGGGUGGUGAGUCCUGGAUCAAAAGUGAAGGGCCAGUUAUAAAGCAGGAAGCCGCUGAAGAAACAGAGUUGCACAGAAUGCCAGUAGGAGGACUUCUCAGGAAUGUUUCUCAGCACUUUGAUUUUAAAAGUAAGGCAAUGAAGCAGACUUUCAGUCUAAAUCCAAAUCUGAUACUUCGAGGAGGAAUGAAGUUCUAUGAAUGUAAAGAGUGUGGGAAAAUCUUCCGAUACAACUCAAAGCUUAUUCGGCAUCAGAUGAGUCAUACUGGGGAAAAGCCCUUUAAGUGUAAGGAAUGUGGCAAAGCUUUCAAGUCCAGCUACGACUGUAUUGUACAUGAGAAAAACCACGUUGGAGAAGGGCCCUAUGAAUGUAAGGAGUGCGGCAAAGGUUUGAGUUCCAGCACAGCCUUGACUCAGCAUCAGAGGAUCCACACUGGAGAGAAACCCUAUGACUGUAAGGAGUGUGGAAAGGCCUUCCGCAGGAGCACCACGUACCUUCAGCAUCAGAGGUUACACACGGGGGAGAAACUCUAUCAAUGUAAGGAAUGCUGGAAAGCUUUUGGUUGUAGGUCACUUUUUAUUGUGCAUCAGAGAAUUCAUACUGGGGAGAAACCUUACCAAUGUAAGGAGUGUGGCAAAGCCUUCACUCAGAAAAAAGCCUCCAUUCAGCAUCAGAGAGUUCACACUGCGGAGAAGCCUUAUGAAUGUAAGGUGUGUGGGAAAGCCUUCAAAUGGUAUGGAAGUUUUGUUCAGCAUCAGAAAUUGCACCCUGCGGCGAAGAAGCCGGUCAAGCUUCUCAGGCCAUCCCUGGUCGGGCCCCAGUGCCCCUCUUUGGCCUUAUCUCCUGCUCUUCUCCAGGGGUCCCACACUGCUCCAGCCGUGGCUGUGCCUUCACUGACCUUCCCACAUGCUGUGCUCCUUCCUCCCUCUGGGAAUUUGUUCAUGCUGCUGCCUACAUCUGGAAUACCUUCAUCUGCCCAAAUAGUGCGUGUCUUCCUGGGUCUCACUCCCACUGUGAAACCUCCCCCAGUUAUUCUCACCCCUUCUUCUCACUCCUCAUGAGCUUUACCUUAGCAGCCUUAUGGCUCUUAUGCCUAGCAAAUCUCCAACCUAAUUUUAUUUUAUUUUUGAGCCAGGGUCUCUCUCUGUCUCCCAGGCUGGCGUGUGGUGGUGUGAUCUUGGCUCACUGCAACCUUCACCUCCUGGGUUCAAGCGAUUCUCGUGCCUCAGACCCCUGAGUAGGUGGGAUUGCAGGCACGCAUCACCAUGCCUGGCUAAUUUUUGUAUCUUUAGAAGACACGGGGUUUCACUCUGUUGGCCAGGCUGGUCUCAAACACCUGACCUCAAGUGAGCUGCCUGCUUUGACCUCCCAAAACGUUGGGGUUACAGGCGUGAGUCACCGUGCCCGGCCUGCAACCUAGUUUGAAUUUCAUUUGUAGUUUUUACCUCACCUUACAUGUGUUACAGUUGUUUCAACGUGAACUCCAUUAUAAUCUAUAUACAGUUAAAGACCGUGUUUCUAUCAUCUCUUCUGGAUGGAAGAUGGAAAUACUUAACCUUUGCGUUGUUCUCUUUUAGGCUGGAACAGCAGUGGCUGCAUCUGCAUCGUGGGGUUGCUGGUGGUAGAACACUUUGGUGUCAGGGAAGUUUGGAAGGGAGGAUAUCCCGGUAUUCGGCCAUUAUGAUUAGAGAUAAGCAAUCUGGGAGAAACAGGAGGGGCAUACAAGACCUGUGGCUGCUAACAGAGGAUUGAAUAAGCUUCCAGCAGUGGACCGUAGAGAUUAAUGGAGAUUGUUCAGUGGGCCCAUGGCUCGAUGGGGUAUUGAUACAGCUGAAGUUACGCUGCCCUGGCACAGACCUUUGAGGGUCUCAUACGUCUAUGCAAAUGAUAAUGGGAAGUAAACAGUGAAAAAAGAGUGAUAGCAAUCUUGUCUUUAAACAUGAGGUUUUGUUUUCUUUAGUUUUGCUCUUGAUAGCCAGAUGUUUCUUUUAACCUUUAUUUCCUAAGUAAAUAUACAUAAAUGCAUUCA